AUGGCAACCCGCGCGCAGCCCAGGCAGCUUGGCCGGGCGGGAAGUGCGGGAGCUGAGACGCUGGCUACAGGCGGGGCUGCGAGCGCCGAGGGGCCCGGGCGGCCUGGGCCGCUGCAGGACGAGACCCUGGGCGUGGCGUCUGUGCCCUCGCAGUGGAGGGGCGUCCAGGGCAUCCGCCGGGAGACGAGAAGUUGCCAGACAGCAAGCAUUGCCACCGCCGACAAGGCCGCGCAGACCCGGAAGCAUGUGGACGCCGAGGUGCAGACGGAGGCCCCGGUGCUGGUCAGCGCGCCGUCCGUGUCCGCACACGACGACCCCCGGCUCGCAGCCUUUCUUCGGAGGGUGGAGGCCAUGGUUAUUCGAGAGCUGAACAAGAACUGGCAGAGCCAUGCUUUUGAUGGCUUCGAGGUGAACUGGACCGAGCAGCAGCCGAUGGUAGGGAACGGGCCCAUACGGCCUGGGACGCCCCCUCCUCUGCCGCAGCUUGAGCCUUGGCCCCGUUUUCAGUCCUUCUUGUACGCUGCCCAGAUACUGAUAAUGGUGAUGAUAAUACCAGCAUUCAGGAGCUCCCGCGGUCCGCCAGCUGUAGAGCUUCCUAAGAGUAAAUUACCGAGGGCGCCUGGGCGGCUCAGUUGGUUAAGCCACCGCCUUUGGCUCAGGUCAUGAUC